AUGGCCAAAAUUAUAUAUUUCCUAUUAGCCAUGCUGUGCUAUGGGGUGGUGAUGGCAAUUCCAUCAACAUUGCCUCAGGAUUGUGAGGGAUGGAUUAAAGUGGAGGUUAAUGAAUCCGAGUGGAGUGGCUGUAACAAAUCAAUCAUCACGGUGAAUGGUAUACCCACCACGUCUUGUGCCGGUGAAUUAAUUUUCAAUGAAGACUUCGAUGGCGAUACUUUGGAUCCAAAAAAAUGGACAGCUCAAAAUCGCUUCCCCUCUUCUCCAACCAAUGAAUUUAAUAUAUAUCUUGAUGAUGUGAAGGAUGUCCUCCAGCUUAAGAAUGGCCUGGUUCGUAUCAAACCGAAGCUAACGGUGGAACAUUUGAAAAUGAUAGAUACCGAAGGAGCCACAUUAGAUUUGGGACCACAUGGUACUAGUCCACGACAUAGGGGUGAAUGUUCAUUUACUCCAGAGGGCUUGAAUAAAAUACCACCCUACAUUUCGGCUCACUUUACAACUAAAUAUAAAUUUUCAUUUAAAUAUGGCCGAAUUGAGGUGCGAGCCAAAAUGCCCCAAGCCAUGUGGGUAUAUCCUCAAUUGUGGUUGCACUCCACCUAUUAUGAUCUCGGUCAAAUACGUAUUGCCCAGGCACGAAAUGAUGGAUCAAAUACAGAUUUAAUUACCGGACUAGUGUUACACGAUCAUCCAGAUUUGCAUUCGCUUUUCCUGUGUGUUAAUCGGACACGGGGGAAUUUAUUCGAUGACUUCCAUAUCUAUGAAAUGUUGUGGACCCCAGAUGUGAUUACCUUUUCCCUAGACAAUGUGGAAUAUUGUCGACAUGAAGUCAAUAGCGAGGCGGAGGCUUUUCAUAAUCUGAAUUCUUGGUCUAAACUAUAUGAUCGCCAUGUAUUGGAAUUUUGGGGCAAAUGGGCACCAUUCGAUCAGGAAAUUUAUCUGUUGGUGGGUGAGGAAAUUGGCGGUUUAAGAGAAUUUCAUGAUGGCUAUUGGUCGCAAGAGAAACCAAGGCAAAAUACCGAUGCGCGUGCAAUGUUUACUUUCGGUAAUGCGCUGCGUAAUAACUCAAAGUGGAUGGAUCGUGCCGCAUUUGAAAUCGAUUAUAUUAAGGUGUAUGCUGUGUAA